GGGAUUUUGUUAUGUGAAGGUUGGUCAUCGUCAAAGCGUCACUGUCAUUGCCGUUUUAUCGCUUUCCCUACGCUGUUGUGUUGAAUUGUAGCGACAUUCGCUUUUUUCUGCCCAAAAAAUACUGUGAAAAUAUUGAUAACUUGAGACAAAUCUGUGGAUAUGGCUGGCGGAAAAGCAGGCAAGGAUUCUGGAAAAGCCAAAGCAAAGGCCGUUUCGCGUUCAGCUAGGGCUGGCUUGCAGUUCCCUGUGGGCAGAAUUCAUCGGCAUCUCAAGAAUCGCACCACAAGCCAUGGACGCGUGGGGGCCACAGCGGCCGUCUACUCAGCUGCCAUCCUUGAAUAUCUCACCGCUGAAGUACUGGAGUUGGCUGGUAAUGCAUCAAAAGAUCUUAAAGUGAAGCGUAUAACUCCCCGUCACUUGCAGCUGGCCAUCCGUGGAGAUGAGGAAUUAGACAGCCUUAUUAAGGCCACAAUUGCGGGUGGUGGUGUCAUUCCACACAUCCACAAAUCGCUCAUUGGAAAGAAGGGUGGUCCGGAAUAACCGUAUCACUCCGGAAAUCCGAGCUAUUAAUCAUAAUUUCCAAAAACUGAAAAUUAAAUAUCCAUCUUUCCACGACUUCAAUUGCCUUUUCUCUCCCUAAAAUAAAUUACUUGACCAAUUUUGCGUUCAUUAUCUUAUAAGUUCAGGAACCCUAGACAGAUGGAUCUUCAAUGCAGGAGUCCACAGAAUAUCUAUUUGUAAUGUCAAAUAAAUUCCGGACAUGGGAGAUUAUAUUUUUAGUUUUGUUUUUUUCUUGACUUUUAUGCCCAGCGCACAAAAACUUUUGUUUAGUAAACAUGUUUUUGACAUUUCAAUGAGAGUGAGUGAGAUCUUGAUCUAGUCAUCUCGCUCAUUCUCAUGGGAUAUUUUGAAAACCUGUUAACAAAAAUUAUUGUGUGUUGAUCAUUAGCGUUUAAGUUGAUGCAUUCGAGAGAGAAAUUUGUGUUUCUCUGUAAAUUUUCUUUCUGUGUAUUCUUUAAUGGAUAAAAAUUAGCUGUAGGAUUUUCAUUUUGAUGUGUCUAGCUAAUGAAAAAUCUUUGAGGAGAGUAAUUAUACGAAAUAAAUACAUUGCUGUUGAAGACUUCACAUAUGGAUUUUUGCAGAUGAAAAAAAGAAGCUGACAAAAUAAAAUAAAAAAAUGUGGAAAAUGUUUGUUUCACGUUGUAAAUUAAAUUGAAAUAAAGAUAGAAAGGAAAAUA